GCCCGCCAAAAGCCCGAAUUUCACCACCCACCAUCCACCAGGCGUUGCCCGAUCCCCUCGUUGGUGGACAGCGAACAGUGGACACUGGACUGGUGGACUCGCUCACAGUCUGCCUGGGUCUUCGUCUCCCCUCAUUGGCUCCCGCUCGCCAACCCCUGGCCACUCACUCUGGAUCGAUGACCUCCCGUGCUAUUAUCGGGGCAGCGGGAUGCGAUGUCGCCCUUCUCGACCGGGGGGGUCGGUCGCGUGGCCGGGGAACAUCGCGCUGCGAGUCGAGGCUUGCAGGAUUCCACGAACUAGCCAGUGCUUGCGUCUUUCCCUCUCGGGCCUAGUUCCGCCUUGCCUCCCCCUCUGGCCGCCGCCCUUCCUCGCCCCAGCGGCUUGGGAGAGGGGAGGGUGUGGCAGCCAGGGGUGGGAGCGGCUGCACGUCCGCUAUCGCCGCUCGGGUUGGAUCUUGGGUGCCAUUGGCGAGGCGGAGGUUGUGCAGCGACGCUAAAUUGCCCGAAAAUACAUGCGUGUGCCGCCACGGCGCCACGGCAGCGCACCACAGGGCGCUUGCCCUCGGCCGGCUUACAUACAUACCAAGACCCAUCCAUCCAUUAAGACCUACAUGUCUACAUACAUACUCACAUCCCUCCGCUCACGCAUGCAACCUGUUCUGGGUCCAUUGCCGUCUUGACCGUCCCCUGAUCCUGAUCUUACCCACCACCACCAAGCCGGGAGGUGAGGACGACGAGACCAGGCAAAGUUCACGGUAGACAGACGCCCAGAACCAACUUGGAUCAUCGUGGACCAGGGAGGCAGACGUUGCGCCAUGGGAGAUCCGUGAAAGCCAAGCUCGCUUCCCCCUCCCCCACCUACCACUCUUCUCGACUCGCAAUAUCAUCCUUCGACUUCAGCCCGCCCGCCGGCUCUUUGCUUCUCCAGUCAAUCAACCAUGAUCCCUUCAAUACGAAGGAUUCUGGCCGUGGCAGCCGCGCUGCUUUCGGUCUCGACGGCGCUGCAGGUGGCGCCGGGAUCCCCAUGCGCCUCGGCCUGCCUCGACCGCGCCGACGCCGACGCCUUCGACCCGAACGCUUCCUCGACGACCGUCUCCGACAUUGUCUGCGAUGACCAGGACUUCACCUCGACCGUAAAGGGGCUCAAGUUCAAGGAGUGCACCGAGUGCCUGCAGUCAAGUAGGCAUGUCAGCGGCUCCGAGGCAGACCUCUAUUGGUACUUGUACAACCUGCGCUACGCCGCCAACGUGUGCAUUUUCAACUACCCAGCAGCAGUCCAGAACAAGUCAUUUGCUUGUCAGAUUCCUCAAAACUGCGGUGCUCUCUCAGGUGCACUCAGGGUAGGAGAUCUUGCUCCCGACAACGGCACACAGCUCGCCUACUGCAACGCCGAUGGCAAGAAGAUGUCGGCCGGCUGGGCCAGGACGGGCUGCCACCAGUGCCUGGCGACGGUGCCCGACAUGUGGUUCUUGUCCAACUUCAUGGUCGCUCUCGACGCAGCCUGCCAGCAGAACCUCAAAGCUGGUGACCUGAUCGGCCUUUCAGCUAGUCUCUUCAACCGCUUUGCCGUCAACGCAACCGACCCUCCCCAACUUGAGACUGGGCCACCGCCGCCCUCGGGUACGAGUAUGAGCAUGGGUACCAUUAUUGGCAUCGCCAUAGGCGCGGCCCUUCUCCUCCUCGGAGGCGUCGCUCUCUUUGUUGUCUACUGGCGCAAGCAGCGCCGCAUCAAGGCCGAGGACGCCCGCCGCGCUGGCAACAACGACACCCCCAACGGGGGUGGCUCUGUCGCUGCUCUGGCAGUCAACGGUGGCGGCCUCGGCAGCGGUGGCGGCGGCUUCCUCGGGGCGGACCUGGCCGCUCAUGGAAGCAGCAUCCGCGGGGGGUACACCAUGGAUCACAAGAGAGAGUACAGCCUGACGUCGCUCAACCCCUACGACCCCAACGGCGGCGACAGCGGACGGUACACCAGCAACAGCGACUAUUACGACCAGUACGAGAAGCAGCAGCAGGUCGCACAAAAGUUUGGCGUAUACCCUGCUGGAGGCGCUCUGCCCGCCCACCCAGCCUACAUCCCACGCUCCGCCAUCACGAGCAUCCAGUCGCAGCGUCCUAAUAGCACCGACUCUAGGGGCUCGCGCAACACAUCAACCUCACAGCAACAACAGCAACAACAACACCCCUCACCUCUACAGCAGCAGCUCCAGCUCCAGCACCAGCACCCAAGCCGCGCAGCAGCCGCCGCCGCCGCUGUCCAGCCACGCAGCACGCCACCACGUGGCACCCCCGAGCCAAUAGUCCUGGCGGCCCCGCCGCCGGGCAAGCCUCGCUCCACAAAAAGUUCCAGCUCGACGACAACCCCGGCAGUCCCGGUAUCAGGACCGACGCCAGGCGAGGCGUAUGCCCUGCGGCAGUACCUGGCCGGAUCCGACGACAGGCUAGCCGCUGGUCUGAAUCUGCCACCACCACCCGCGGGACCACCACCGAGGGCGUCGACAUCAUCCGCCUCCUUGUCACACCGGGAACAGCGCACCAUCGACCCCAACAACAUGCCGCCGCCGCCGCCGCCCCAGGCCAAGAUCCCGUCCCUCGUCCUGCCCUCGGUGCCAAGGAUCCGCGUGCCAAAGAAGUACUCGCCGCCCCAGAUCAGCCUGCAGGAGGCGACGCCCGUCGACGAUGAGCCGAGCGUUAUCACCGGCCCGCUUGACCAUAAUUUUCAGCACCGCCGCCAGAUGCGUCAGCAGCAAGGUGUGCCGGAGCCACAGUCCCAGUCUCCCCCUCCGCGCACCACCCGCUCUUCGCCGCGGGCAGGAUAUGAGCCCAACUACUAGAAGUCGAGGGAAAGAGGAAAGAAUAGGACACGAUAUAAAGUACCAAACGGGGGAUGGCACAGCGACGCCAUGAAAGAACGGAAGAAAAAGUAAAAAAAAAGUGAGGGAACGAACUGGGAGGGGUUUGCUUUUCGGGGUAUUAUCUCCCCCAUGAUUUUCAUCUUAGUGUAUUGUUUCAUACCCCUUUUACUACGGUAAAACCUGGCGUUUGGGAGGCUACGACGACUUUGGCGGUGAACAUUUGGCGCCACAAGGCACAUGGGGCAUGGGCGACGUGUAGCAGGAAGCUUCGUCUGGCCCCAACACCUAGGCUGUUGCAUUUUAAUGAAAUGGAUGAGCACAGGACGUGCCGAUGAGUUUGG